AUGUCAAAAAGGGAAGGUAACCACGGAGCUGUGUCCCAAAACGGGACGGGCAAGACCACCGAGGCGUUCCGAAAGAAUGCGAGGAGUUCAAUGGUGUAUUCCUGCCCAAAGAUCUCAUCUGAGCGGCGAACCCAAAGACGGUUAAGCUGCCAAGACCGGUCCAGCUGGGAUACUCCACAUCUAUCGGCCAAAGUCGACGUCGACAACAACUGGCACCAGAGACGCGAGAGCGUCAGGGUUUGGAGCCACGGCGUACUAAACGCCAGGGAUCGAACCAGGGUCAAUCUCGCCGAGUACUUAAGGGAUAUCGGGAACUCAGACAGAUACCAAAUUCCAAGCGAACAAGGGAUCCUACGUGAGGUAUUCUUGACUCAUCAGCGGCAAACGAGUAUUCCACCCACACCGCCACAUGAGGGGCAAGCUCAGGGGGUGACGCUGGCUCGAAGGCAGGAGGCGAGACAGGCAGCAGAUCGAGGAGCAACAACAACGACACGCCCACUGAAACACCCAAAACAGCGCCGUCGAGAGUCGAAACAGGACAAGGAGCGACAGUCAACAUCACAACAAUUGAUGAGACAACAGCAGGAGUUGCUUGAGAGAUACUAA